AUGCGCUUCGAUCUGAAGGAAUUGCUACUGGUGUCCAUGUCCACCUCUCCAAAUGGUGUCAUACGUCGGCACAAGCGAUUCAAGUGCGGGAAAGUGAGCUACCUGGUUCACUAUGAGCUGCAGAUGGGAAAGCUGGUGAUCCGUCAGGUGAAGCGGAUUCGACGUACUUCCUCUCUAAGAAGCAGGUUGCAAAAGCGUCGUCGUCUUGUGCAGCGAAUGUUGGAGAGAGGAAGUGGGAUGAUCUACAGAUCACCGGUUUCCCGGGAGGAUGGCUUCACCCAGACCUUCAUGAACCACAACUCGAUUGCCGUGGGCACAGAGGUGCUCCUAGAGACCAGUGCCAGCCAAACGGCCCACCAGGAGUGGAUCAGCAGCCAGGUGGAUACCUCCGAUCUGAUCUGUACCAUUUCCAGGGAUCAGCAGACCUUGAAUCCCGUCCAGCAGUUCUUAAGCAUAGCCGUGGGCACAGAGCUGCAACUGGACAGCACUGCCAGUCAAACGAUGCUCCAAGAGUGGAUUAGCAGCCAGGUCGAUACCUCCGACUUGGUUCAGUACAUGACGAGGGAACAGCAGACUUUCAAUCCCGGCCAGCAAUCCUUGGGAUGCCAAACGGAGAAACAGGCAAUGCAAAGUCGCAUCACCCAGUCGGAUUUGACCGCCAAGACCAGCUCCACCCAAACCAAGCUGGUCAAUGUCUCCUUGGGCUCCCAAACUGAGCUUCACUGUACCAAUGCUGUGAUACAGACCGAGGUCGAUUCCCAGAACAUGAAUACCCAAACCUAUGACGACGAGGAGGAGGUCAUCAAGCACCAUCUACAGGCUCUCUACCUCAUCCACGACUCCAUCAAGAGCCAGAACGACCUUAUCGAGCACGAAGUUUUGAACUCGGUCAACCAGCUGAUUGAUCUCACCAUACUGGAAGUGAAAAACAGGCGAGUGAUGGUGGAUCUGCCCAGAGAGGCGUCAUUGGAACCAUUGACUCCUGUCCCGGUGAACCAAAUCGGAGAUAACUUACCAACGGACAGAUCUUCACCAAAAGAGGAGAAUAAGAAAAUCUUUCCUAAGUCGGGUCUUAAGUUCAGGAUGAAAAGAGUCAGAGUCAGCAAGGACAAGAGGUUGUCCACCGGCCCCUCGUGGAGCUGUACGAUGAAGUGCAGGCGCUGUGGUCUGCACAUGCACCGCAGCAGGCACCGGGUGUCCAGCGAAAAUCAAGAAACCCAGACCGAAGUGCAAGAAUCGAAGGAUGUGGUCGUCGGUGUAGAAAUGGCCACGCAGACGGAAAAGGAGCGAGGACGCUGGACCCUAAAACGCAGCUAG